AUGGCAGAACUAAAGGGGACAAAAGCAAGUGAAAUUAUGUUAGCAUGCUUGAAGGACAGAGACAACUGUCUUUACGACAACCUAAACAUAGACAGCCAUUUAGCAAUUCCUGAAAGAGGAGCGACCUGUAGCCCUGCACCAGCGCCACACAGUACAACAGACAAACAAAACAAUUUGGUCAGUGGAGAUAAGGUGUACAAAAUGGACAGUAAUCCACGUGGACUGUGUGUAAUUAUUAAUAACGAGAACUUUGUAGACCCAGAAAAGAAACGAAACGGAUCCCAAAAUGAUGUUGAUUCUCUGAAGGCCAUAUUUGAAUUUUUGGGCUUUCUGGUUGAAGUCGAGACAGACAAAACUGCAGAUCAAAUAAAAGCUCCUCUGGCUCUUGAUCUUUUAUGCUUUUCUUUUAUGCAUUUCUCAGAUUCUCUGAAGGCCAUAUUUGAAUUUUUGGGCUUUCUGGUUGAAGUCGAGACAGACAAAACUGCAGAUCAAAUAAAAGCGCUUAUGGCCAAAUACAGUAAAGAUGCUCGUCAUGGAGACUGCUUUGUCUGUUGCGUAAUGAGUCAUGGAAAUAAGACUGGUGUCGAGGGAUGCGAUGAGCAAAUAUGUCCCCUGAAUGACAUCACCUCUCCGUUUGAUGGAGACAACUGUCCCGCUCUCAUUGGCAAACCGAAAGUGUUCUUUAUCCAGGCAUGCAGAGGAUGUGGGAUGCAGAGUAAAGUGCUGGUUGCAGAUGGUGCUGGUGCCAGUCGUAUCCAGAAAUCUGGCAAAGUAUACAGCAUUGCCAAAGAUUCUGAUUUUCUGAUUGCCCUGUCCACUGUGGAGGGAUAUGUGUCAGUCCGCGAUAAAUACAGUGGAUCAUGGUUUAUACAGUCCCUUUGCAAGCAUUUAAAAGAAGGAAGUAAACGAGGCCAGGACAUCUUGAGGAUCCUCACUAAUGUCAAUAACGAUGUAAGCCGUGAAGAGGGCUUUAUAGAAGAUGAGAACAAUGAUAUAGUAGAUGCAAAGAUGACCCCUCAGCCCCAAUUCACCCUGAGGAAGCUUCUUAUUUUCAAAGCACCGAAGGGUCAGGCUGCUGCUUCUAAACCGAAGAAAACAGGCUGAACAUCCUCAUCUUUCACCUGAAGAGGAAAUCUUGCCAUUGACAUUCUAGAGAAGUCUAUAGUGUUCAUCUAUGUUUCCCCAUAUUUGUUAUAUUGGAUUUUAGAAUAUGUGUACCACAGGAAAGUGGACCUUGAGGGCCAGAGUUGAGAACCCCUGUUUUACAGGAUCAGGAUCAUUUCAUUUAAGACAUCUGUGUUUAAUCACAUAGUUUUCUUUAAUUUCUUUAAUAAAUUACAUCAAAUUCUCUUAUACUGCUUUUGAACUGUUUUGUCUGUCGACUAAAAUCACCUACACUUAUAACAACAGGACUGAAUCCUAUA